AUGCGGGUCAUGCAGUUGGUGCUGCGAGGGUGCCUUGUUCUGGCAGCAGUCGACGUUGGGUCCGCCGCCUGCAUCAUUAUGCCCGACGGGACGAUGCACUGUACGACAGAAGGAAGAGGACCAUGAGUAGAAUAAAAAAAAUAUCCUAAAGCGCUAUUACCCUCCCUACUGUCUACGCUGUCACCAGAGGGCACAUCUGGAAGUAGCACACGAGGUAGACCGAACAGCAAAUCCGCACAUCUGAAGACAUCCCAAACACUCGCCGAGGUCGUCUUUCCGGGUGAGGAUGUGCGGUAGGAUUUUCCUGCCCACUGUAGAAGAGGUGCUGUGAGGCUGAGGAGUUUUUCAGUGUACCCGCACACUUUCUCCGCAUUUGAACCUUGUUGGGUGGUAUUCUUCAAGACAAAGAGAUGGGUGCGCUAGGCUCCGAGCUGGUUCAUGUUUGCUUCAGGUAGAGUGUACGAAUAAUGGAAGACAUCGCAGUUCCUUCCUAAGAGGUUUGGACUGCGACUUUAUGAUGAGCUUUCGCUGAUAUGUUGAUCUGCUCAAUGUUGUUCACAGAUGAUCAACCGCGUUUUCCCGCGGCGGGAUGAAUUUUGCCGUGUUCGAGGUCCUUUGGAAUGCUGUCGCCACCGACCACCCCGCGGGCCUUGGCUCUGUCUCUGGCGCGGUUGUGAUGUGUGCUGGGGGCGCUUUCUCGUUCUCAUGUAGGACGCAGAAGAGCGUCUCGCCUUGGUCGUGUGAUGUCGCGAUGGGGGAUGGGCUGAAGGGAGCAAGUUUCUUGCGCUACCUGUAGAGUUUCAGUUUUAGUUGAGCAUAUCAGGUGUACCGUUAUUCGACGUGGGGGCGCUGUACUUGGCCAACAACCCGGCCGCCACCCCCAACUCCAAGCAUAUAGAUCCAGCCACCACUUUAUUCGGGA